AUGGUCGCCUUCCCUAUGGUGCUACCCAUGGGAUGGGUCAAUAGCCCACCAUAUUUUUCGGCUGCCACCAAAACUGCAGCCGACCUAAUGAAUCGUCGGCUACAACGCAACCAGAAAGAACCACCACAUCGAUUGGAGGACAUUGCCUUUUAUACCAAACCCACGGUGGCUCAUGUUCCAACAAGUGCAGCACCCACUCCAGUCACCCUGGCAGUGCCGGCAACCACACCACAUCAUCCACACUACAAACGCCCCAUGAAAUAUGCCGAUAUCUACGUGGACGACUUCAUUGCUGCGGUCCAAGGAGAUGAACCGACUCGUCGCAAUACAAUGAGGACUUUGCUCCAUGUGCUGGACUCCGUCUUUCAACCACUGUCACCAUCUGACAAUCCAAACCGACAGGACCCAGCAUCAGUAAAGAAGCUUAAGAAAGGUGAAGGGAACUGGAGUACCCUGAAGACAGUUCUAGGUUGGAUAAUCGAUACGGUCGCCCAAACAAUCACACUACCACAACGGCAACAAGAAUGA